GGUCUCAGCCACCUUUCAGCACCAUGAGGGCGACAGUGGCAGCUCUUCUCCUGUGCCUUGUGGUGACAGCAUGCAGGUGCCAGGAAACUCCACCUGGCCCUCCUGGACCAACUGAGGGGCCACAACCAACUGGACCACCAGGCCCACCAACCGGAGGUCCUGAUCCAACAGGUCAGCCUACUGGAGGUCCUGAACCAACUGGACCACCUGGCCCACCAACUGGAGGCCCUGAACCAACAGGUCAACCUACUGGAGGUCCUCAACCAACUGGAGGUCCUGAACCAACUGGGCCACCUGGCCCACCAACUGGAGGUCCUGAACCAACAGGUCAGCCCACUGGAGGUCCUGAACCAACUGGUCCACCAGGCACACCUACUGGAGGUCCUGAACCAACUGGACCACCUACUGGGGGUCCUCAACCAACUGGACCACCAGGCCCACCUACUGGUGGUCCUGAUCCAACUGGAGGACCCCAGCCAACUGGUGAACCUCAGCCUACCGGCCCACCAGGGCCACCCUCUGGGGGACUUUGGCUUUUUUGAAUUGGUGGACUCUGAUGGUUGACGUUCUUGCAUCCGUGAAACAUCAAGAGAGUUCAGACUUGAUAUCUACAAUUAACAGAAUCUGACUUUACUGAUGGAAGUGUUCUGUGAAUCACUUUGUAAAAUUUUUUGUCGUUAAAUAAGCAUCUAAAAAUCUCCAUAAA